CAAUCCAAUUGAAUUCAGGGUUUUAGCAAAAUGACCCCUUCUGAACAUCUUCUUCCCGCCACUAAAAACCCUAACCCUAGAAACUGGAAAUUCACAUGGGAAUCCAAUUCACACGUCCCAAUUCUCAAAUUAUACCUCUUCAACCCCAACACAAACCCAAUAUCUCAAUGUAUCGAUCUCAAAGUCUCCAUUUUAUUCCACAAAUCAUUACUCCAACUCACCUGGAUCGACAACAAUCAAUCACAAUCACUUUGGGUUCCGAUUCCUAGGGUUUUGAUUGAUGCAGACUCUCCAAUUAGCUUUCGAGCGUUGGAUGAUCACAUUGAGGUAAAACUUGUUCUGGUUCUUCCUGUUGACCACCCCAUUGUGUCCAAUUUUGACUUUGAAGGUGGUCAAGAUGCUGCAUUGGAUGAUGAUUGUCAACCUCUUCAAUUGGAUUCAGAUCUUAAGAAGUUGGCUUCUUGUGGGGAGGUGCACUUUUUUUGCAGGGGUUGCUCUACCAAGUUAAGCAGCGCUGUUCGAAAUUUCAAAGAAAUGCCAUCUGUUAAUUGGCGUGAGGCAGCUGAUAACUGGUUUGGGACUUGUUGCUGUUCUUUCGGGGGUGCAAGCGAGAAGCUAGUUGCGCAAUACGCCAACUCAUAUACAUGUACACCUGGCGUGUGCCUAGUGGACCCUACUUCUAUUGUUCUAUGUAAGGAUGACUUUGUAGGAUAUGAAUUUCCUAAUCGAAUUGAACACAGAGAACACAAGUCUUCAGAGAUUUCUAAAACCGAGAAUUUAAAAAAAACCGUCUCGAAUAAUAAAAGUACAAACGGGUCGGUUGUUGACCACAAUAGUCAAAAUGAAUGUUGCCAUCUUCAUACAGACGAGGACCAAACACAUAGUACAAGUGAGUUACUAACAAACAAGGCUAGUCUUCUAAAUGGUCUUCUUGGAAAUUGUUUUAUGGUUGCAUCCCCUUAUCUUUCGAAAGACGUUAAAUGGAGUGAAAUCUUAUGUCCACAUUGUUCGUGCUUACUUGGGGCAUAUCCGCAUGACAAUACCGAUGGACUACUCAAUGAUUACGGUGUUCACUUGUUUAAAUGCUUUAUUUCUACUUGCCCAGUUGGAGGCCCCACCGACUUGUUUCGGAAAUACACUUUAGAGAGGAUGUUUACUAGCCAGCUGUUGGAAAGUGCGAAAGAUGAACUCUCGUUCCGAACCGUGGUUAAAAAUCUGCAAACGAGAUCACCGAUGUUGCAAAUUGUUUUACUAAACCCAAAUGCAUGGUGUUCAUUCGGGGAUUGUUUGGAUGCAAUGAUACCGGUUCCCAAUUUUAUUAUGUACCCAAUGGUUAAAGUGCUAUUUUCCAACUGUAGUAACAGCACCGAUUCUGAACUAAGGAAGUUAGAUGAAUGGGUUACUAAGCAUCAAGUUGGCGAUGUUUACAUGUUGACAUCAAAAGAUUUAGCUGAAUCAUUGGAGAUAGCAAACCGCAUGCUACCAUCCUCACAUGCUUUUCUUCAAGGUCUAUCUUUAUCUUUCUUGAGGAGGUAAUGAACAUUGAACAAUAACUGUUGUAUUUUAUGACAACUGUAACUGUAAUUUUGUGGAAGGUAGAUUUAGUGUAUUUUUUUUUUUUUUAAGGUUUGUUCUUUGAAUUUUAUUUGGAAUAACACUUGUUAUUGGAUGAUCAAGAGACUUUCCUUCCAUUA